AUGAAGAAAAGGUUAAAAAGCGUGGGAAUUAUGUUAUUGAUCUUUCAACUUUGACUGCAUAUCAUGAUGAUAUCGAAAUGAUUGAACAACUAAGAGCCAAAAUGAUAGAUGAAAUUAAAUUUUUGAUCGAAGCUAUCGAUAGAGAAAAUAAGUUGAAAAUGGUUGAGAGAGAAAGACGGACAUUUGAUUAUGGUCCAUUUAUACGCGAGUUUAUUUCAAUUCUUCAUGAACGAGGAGAGUUGAAAAGCUUGAUUUCGGCAGCAGAAGACAUGAUAGAAGAUGAAUAA